UGUCAGGCAGAAGAAAACAGAAGAAAAGGAGGAGAAACAUGAGUCGGCAGCAGCAGCAGCAGUCCCAGGGAGUGGUUUUAACGGGUUACCACAGCAACGCGGAACUCUUACCGAAAACUGGCUCGUGCGCCCCGUCAGCCCAGGAGCACGAGCCCACCGGGCCCAGCCGCAGAGGCCACUACACUGUUCAGCAGAACCAGAACACACACCAUGGAGACAGACAGGGGCCCUCCAGUACCACCAGCACUACAAAAACCACCAGCACUGACCCUCUGCCGCCGCAACUAGCUUGCCCCAGGUCUCAGCCCUCCUCCAGCCCAAAGCCAGGCUCCAGUCCCAGACACAGCCCCGUCUCCAGGUCCAGACCACGGCCACCAUGUCAGCGCUGCAACUCUCAGGACUCUCUGGACGAGCUGGAGAUGGACGACUACUGGAAGGAGGUGGAGCAUAUCAGCCGGUCGGGAGGAGAAGCGGGGAGGGGGGAAGGUGGAGGAGAAGGGGAAGUGCAAGAGGAGGAGCAGCAGAAAAUUCCUGAGGAAGGCGAACAGGAGGAGGCGUGGCUUACCGAGGCGGGGCUAGCACGGCUGUUUGAUGAUUCACUAGCAGCUGACCAGGAUCAGGAAGAAGACCACGCCGUGUUCCUGUCCACGCUGACCAGAUCUCAGGCGGCAGCUGUAGAACGGCGUGUGACAUCACUACAGCAGACGCUGUUACGGCGACGCAACCGGCAACACGUUCCUGACGUUAGAGAUAUAUUCAGACCUCCUAAGAAGGAUGAGGAGCCUAGUAAACUCAAAGAGGGAACUGAAAAUGGACAAAAAGAUAUCACUUCAGCUGAAACCGAGACGGAACUGAACGUUGAAGUGGCGUUUUCAGAGCAGGCGCUCUCUUACAGAGACAACCACCAAAGGUUAAAGGUCAACACCAGCCCGAACUCACCUGACGACAAACUACCGAACUUUAAGCUGCUCCGAGAUAAAACAGGUCAGACCAGAAUAGGAGAUCUGUCUUCCCUGGAUAUGAAAAAGGUGCGCAGACUGGUGCUUGUGGAGUCGACUGCUCUGUUUGACACUGCUGGGAUAGACCUGAAGGCACACAAAGCUGUCAAAGUUAAGACUAAAGAAAGUGGUGUGUUUGGUGUUCCACUUGCCACUUUAUUGGAGCAGGACCAGAGGAGGGUUCCUGGGACCAAAGUGCCAAUUAUACUGCAGAGACUUAUUAAUCAUAUUGAGGAGGAAGGAUUAAACACAGAAGGGCUGCUGCGGAUCCCCGGAGUGGCCACCAGAGUCAAGUCCCUGUGCCAGGAGCUCGAGUCCUCUUUCUAUGACGGGGUGUUUCCAUGGCAACAGUUGAAGCAGCAUGAUGCUGCGAGCCUUUUGAAGCUGUUCAUCAGGGAGUUACCCCAUCCACUGCUGACUGUGGAGUACCUCAAUGCAUUUAUUGCCGUCAACAAGCUCCCUACAAAGAAGCAGCAGCUGCAGGCUUUGAACCUGCUGGUCCUUUUGUUACCUGCGGCCAGUCGGGAUACUUUGAAGGCCCUGGUGGAGUUUUUCCAGCGAGUGAUCGACCAUCAGGCCAAGAAUAAGAUGACUCUCAACAACGUCUCUGUUGUCAUGGCACCCAACAUCUUCAUGUUCAAAGGCUUCCGCUCCAAGGUUACAGAACAACAGGAGUUCUCCAUGGCAACCAGCACAGCCAAUAUUGUCCGGCUGCUGAUUCGAUACCAGAAUCUUCUCUGGACAAUCCCCAAGUUCAUCAUGACCCAGGUCAGACAACACAACAUGGAAAGCCAGCGGAAACAAAAUAAAGAGAGAGCCGUAAGAAAGCUGCUGAAGAAGAUUACCACUGACAAACCAUCUGAUAAAGCUGUCCCUGAGAACCAGGAGAGCUCGCAGGGAUUUAUUAGAGUUCAAGCACCACAGUUCAGCAAAGUCUCCAUGGCAGUUCAGCUGACUGAAGAGCUGCAGGCUGCUGAUGUAUUAACCCGUUUCCUCAGCCAGGACAGUUCACUGGCAGUGAAGCGAGAAGAGCUAAGUCUCUAUGAGAUUGGUGGAAACAUCAAGGAGAGAUGUCUCGAUGGGGAAACCUUUAUGAAAGACCUCUUCCAGCUGAACCCAACAGCAGAAUGGGUCAUCAAAGCCAUGCAGCGAUGAACUCCUUUCUGCAACAUGGUCUCACAGAAAUCCGUGAAAUAGCCACGGAUUUCGCUUAACUCAAAAUCCGUGGAAUAGCCACGGAAUCGCUCAAAUU